AUGCAGAUCAAUAAAAACGUGUUUAAAAAGCCGUGGACACGGGGGCUCACCCACCUCCUUCCUCCCGCAGGCGGCGUUUUCGAAGCGGCGGAGAACGAGCCUGCCAACGUGGAGGAACUAGCCUUCAAGUUCGCCGUCGGCAGCAUCAACAGGAACCGCAGCCUGACGCCCGCCACCACCCUCACCUACGACCUCCAGAGGCCCGCCCCCUUCGACAGCUUCGACGCCUCGCAGAGAGCCUGCGACCAGCUGGCCCUGGGCGUGGCCGCGCUCUUCGGCCCCGCGCACAGCCCCUCGGUCAGCGCCGUGCAGUCCAUCUGCCAGGCCCUGCAGGUCCCCCACAUCCAGACCCGCUGGCAGCCCCGCUCGGCGGACGCCCGAGACGCGUUCCACGUCAACCUGCACCCCGACCCGGCGGCCGUGGGCAGGGCCGUGCUGGACCUGGUCCUCCACUUCGCCUGGCGGGCCGUGACCCUGGUGUACGAGGACGGCACAGGUCUGAUCCGCCUGCAGGAGCUCAUCCAGGCCCCCUCCCGGCACGACCUCCGGCUCAGGGUGCGGCAGCUGCCCCCCGGGACCCGGGACGCCAAGCCGCUGCUCCAGGAGAUGAAGCGCGCCCGCGAGGUCCACGUGAUCUUCGACUGCUCCCUGGAGACGGCCGCCCGGGUCCUGAAGCAGAUCCUGCUCCUGGGCAUGAUGACCGAGCGCUACCACUACCUCUUCACCACCCUGGACAUGGCCGCCCUGGACCUGGGGCCGUACAGACACAGCGGCGCCAACAUGACCGGCUUCCGGCUGCUCCACGUCGACAGCCCCCACGUGGCGUCCGUCCUGGAGAAGUGGGCCACGGACAGGCUGCAGGCCCCGCCCGGGCCCGGCCUCCUGGAUGGCGCGAUGACGACGGCAGCGGCGCUGAUGUACGACGCCGUGCACGUGGUGGCCGUCGCCGCCCACCGGGCCGCCCAGCUGGCCGUCAGCUCCCUGCAGUGCCACCGACACCAGCCCUGGCGCCUCGGACCCCGAUUCAUGAACCUGAUCAGAGAGGCCCAGUGGGACGGCCUGACCGGGCGGAUCGCCUUCAACAAAACCGACGGCUCGAGGAAGGACUUCGACCUGGACAUCCUGAGUCUCGGGGAGGAAGGCACGGAGAAGAUCGGCGCCUGGAACCCCCGCCGCGGCCUCCGCCUGCGGGACGCGAGCAGAGAGCGGGACCCCGGCCUCGGCGCCGCGAUGGCCAACCGCACGCUCAUCGUCACCACCAUCCUGGAGGAGCCCUACGUGAUGUACAGGAAGUCGGACAGGCCCCUGGUCGGCAACGACAGGUUCGAAGGGUACUGCCUCGAUCUGCUGAAGGAGCUGUCCAGCAUCCUGGGUUUCCUUUACGACGUCAGACUCGUCCCUGACGGCAAAUACGGAGCCCAGAACGACAGGGGCGAGUGGAACGGGAUGGUCCGGGAGCUGAUGGACCACAGGGCGGACCUGGCCGUGGCCCCGCUCACCAUCACCUACGUGCGCGAGACCGUCAUCGACUUCUCCAAGCCCUUCAUGACCCUGGGCAUCGGCAUCCUCUACCGCAAGCCCCGCGGCGCCAGCCCCGGCGUCUUCUCCUUCCUCCGCCCGCUGGCGCCCGGCGUCUGGGCCUGGGUGCUCCUGUCCUGCCUGGGCGUCAGCUGCGUGCUCUUUGUGAUCGCCAGGUUCACGCCCUACGAGUGGCACAGCCCCGACCCGUGCAGCCCCGACCCGGGCGAGGUGAACAGCUUCACUCUGCUGGACAGCGUCUGGUUCGGAGUCGGAGCCCUCGUGCAGCAAGGGUCGGAGCUCGUGCCCAGGGCGCUGUCCACCAGGAUCCUGGCCGCGAGCUGGUGGUGUUUCACCCUCAUCGUCGUCUCGUCCUACACGGCCAACCUGGCCGCCUUCCUGACCGUGGAGAGGAUGGAGGCCCCCAUCGGCUCGGCGGACGACCUGGCCAGGCAGACCAGGAUCGAGUACGGGGCGGUCCGGGACGGCGCCACCGUGGCCUUCUUCAAGAAGUCCAAGAUCUCCACCUACGAGAAGAUGUGGGCCUUCAUGGGCAGCAGGCAGCAGACGGCCCUGGUGGGGAGCAGCGAGGACGGCAUCCAGCGCGUGCUCACCGCCGACUACGCGCUGCUCAUGGAGUCGACCAGCAUCGAGUACGUGACCCAGAGGAACUGCAGUCUCACCCAGAUCGGGGGCCUCAUCGACUCCAAGGGCUACGGCGUGGGGACCCCAAUGGGCUCCCCGCUCCGGGACAGGGUCACCAUUGCCCUCCUGCAGCUGCAGGAGGAGGGGAAGCUGCACACCAUGAAGGAGAAGUGGUGGCGUGGCAGCGGCUGCCCCAAGGAGGCCGGCAGGGAGGCCAGCGCCCUGGGCGUGGACAGCGUCGGCGGCAUCUUCGUGGUGCUGGCGGCCGGUCUGGUGCUGGCGGUGUGCGUGGCCGUGGGCGAGCUCCUGUACGCGUCCCGCAGGGGCAGCGGCGUCCGGCAGUGCCUCUCCUUCAACGCCAUCAUGGAAGAACUGGGCCUCCCACUCCAGAACCAGAAAAAGUUAAAGAGAAAGUCGAGAACUAAGGGGAAAUCUGCCUGCACAAGCCCCCUCGCUUGUCACCCGAGACGGACUCCGCGGAGGGAGCCGGCGGGACCCCCCAGGACGGCGCCCGCGGGCAGCUGCCGGGUGGACGGGGGCUCGCACCCCCGGUUCCUGGAGAAAGGGCUUCUGACGAGCGCGUGA